AUGGCACAAGCACAACCAGACUACUCGACCCUAAACUCGGAACUGAUCAAGGUCGAACUCAAGGACUAUAUCGGCGUAAUCACAUUAAACAGACCUGAUAUUGGCAAUCUCUGGAGUGAUGAUGUUGCUAAAGAGGUUAUUAACGCCUUCCAGACGCUUGAUGGCGAUGAUUUAUGUCGGGUUAUGGUUAUUACUGGUGCUGGACGAAUAUUCUGCGGCGGCGCCGACUUCCGCGGUGGCAAAGAUUUCGCAUCUCGCAACACCACAUACCCCACAGGCGAGCACUACCUCCUCGCACGUGAGGGAAACGGCACGCUCGCGCUGCAGCAGUUGCGUAAACCAACCAUUGCGGCCAUCAACGGUGCCGCUAUCGGCAUCGGCGCCACAUUCCCUCUAAACCUCGACAUCCGCAUAACCCACCGUAAAAACAAGAUCGGAUUCGUCUUCAACCGCCGUGGAAUCAACCUCGAAGCCGCUUCAUCGUGGAACCUGCCACGUCUCGUUGGCCAUGCACGCGCAAUGGGGAUUGUGUUGCGAGGCGAUAUACGUGCUGCAGAGCAUCCGAGCUUGCGCCCGUUAUGGGAGACGCUUGUCGAAGCGCCUGAGGAUGUUAUGCCUGCUGCGAUGGCGCUAGCGAAAGAGAUUGCGGUGCAGGCUAGUGUGGUUAGUAAUAUUGUGAAUAAGGCGUUGUUGCUGCAUCCGAAAGAUACGGCAGGACAGCAGAGUCAUUUGGAGGGGACUGCAUUGUUUUAUCUGGGUGGAUCUGCGGAUUCCAAGGAGGGCGUCCAGAGUUUCUUGCAGAAGAGGGAUCCGAAAUACACGAGUGUGCCGUCAAGGGAUGUGCCGCCGUUUAUGCCGUGGUGGUCGACGCCUGAUAUGUCCAAGGGCAAGUAUAAGCUGUAA